GCCGCCGCAGCCGCCGCAGCAGCAGCAGCAGCCGCCGCCCCAGGCCCCCCCCAUGGAGCCCGAGGCCCCGGAUUCCCGCAAGAGGCCCCUCGAGACGCCCCCCGAGGUGGUCUGCACCAAGCGCAGCAACACGGGAGAGGAAGGCGAGUACUUCCUGAAGGUGCUCAUCCCGAGUUACGCAGCCGGCUCCAUCAUCGGCAAAGGUGGCCAGACUAUCGUGCAGCUACAGAAGGAGACGGGAGCCACCAUCAAGCUAUCCAAGUCCAAAGACUUCUACCCAGGAACUACAGAACGGGUAUGCCUAGUACAGGGCACGGCAGAGGCCUUGAAUGCCGUUCACAGCUUUAUCGCAGAGAAGGUCCGAGAAAUCCCUCAAGCGAUGACCAAGCCCGAGGUGGUCAACAUUCUUCAACCCCAAACCACGAUGAACCCCGACAGAGCCAAGCAGGCCAAGCUCAUCGUCCCCAACAGCACGGCGGGACUGAUCAUCGGUAAGGGGGGAGCGACCGUGAAGGCGGUGAUGGAACAGUCCGGCGCCUGGGUGCAGCUGUCGCAGAAGCCCGAGGGCAUCAACCUGCAGGAGCGCGUGGUGACGGUGAGCGGCGAGCCGGAGCAGGUGCACAAGGCCGUGAGCGCCAUCGUGCAGAAGGUACAGGAAGACCCGCAGAGCAGCAGCUGCCUCAACAUCAGCUACGCCAACGUGGCGGGGCCCGUGGCCAACUCCAACCCCACCGGCUCGCCCUACGCCAGCCCGGCCGACGUGUUGCCCGCCGCGGCCGCCGCCUCUGCCGCCGCCGCCUCGGGUCUGCUAGGCCCGGCGGGGUUGGCGGGCGUGGGCGCCUUCCCCGCCGCGCUGCCCGCCUUCUCGGGCACCGACCUGCUGGCCAUCAGCACGGCGCUCAACACGCUGGCCAGCUACGGCUACAACACCAACUCGCUCAGCCUGGGCCUCAACUCGGCCGCCGCCUCGGGCGUCCUGGCCGCGGUGGCCGCGGGCGCCAACCCCGCCGCCGCCGCCGCAGCUAACCUCCUGGCGUCCUACGCGGGCGACGCCGGGGCGGGGCCGGGGGCGGGGGCAGCACCGCCACCGCCACCGCCCCCCGGAGCGCUGGGCUCCUUCGCGCUGGCCGCGGCCGCCAACGGCUACCUCGGUGCGGGCGCGGGGGGCGCGGCUGGAGCGGGGGGCGCGCCCCUGGUGGCCGCCGCGGCUGCGGCCGGGGCUGCCGGCGGCUUCUUGACGGCCGAAAAGCUGGCGGCCGAGAGCGCCAAGGAGCUGGUGGAGAUCGCGGUGCCCGAGAACCUGGUGGGGGCCAUCCUGGGCAAAGGGGGCAAGACGCUGGUGGAGUACCAGGAGCUGACGGGUGCGCGCAUCCAGAUCUCCAAGAAGGGCGAGUUCCUGCCCGGCACGCGGAACCGGCGGGUCACCAUCACGGGCAGCCCCGCGGCCACGCAAGCCGCACAAUACCUCAUCAGCCAGCGGGUCACCUACGAGCAGGGGGUGAGGGCCUCAAACCCACAGAAAGUGGGAUGAGGCCUGUGGUGUGCUUCCCCACCCCCUCCCGCUCCUCCUCCCUCUUCCUCCUCUCC